AACGCAAUUCUUGUGUUGCUCACUACAUUUCAUAUGAAUGGAACUGGGAAAUAGCAACACGAGCAUGACUUGAUAUUGUCCGUGAAUUUCAGGACCUUUAAGAAAAUCACUUUAAUUACAUUUUUCAUAAGUGUUUCCACUUGUAAGUGCUGCUGAGUGGAGCGGUGCAGUCACUGGAGCUGACAAAGGUUAUAGCUUCACUUAGCGAGGCAGAGCUAGCUACCGUUUCCUUGACUAGCCGCGGUAACGCUAUAUCACCGUCUAGCUGUGUCACUGAUACAAAAACUAAUAAUAAUAAACGGUGGGGGGAAAAAUGUUGAAAGAAAUCCUCGACCUGCCUCCUGAGGAUAAAAUAUUUCACGCCGUCCUGGUGUUCUCAUGGACGGUUUAUCUUUGGGAGGCCUACCUCUCUCACAGACAGAGGAAGAUCUACAGCUCCGCCACGCAUGUGCCCACUGAGCUGGGGAAGAUUAUGGACGCUGAGACGUUCGAGAAGUCGCGCCUCUACCAGCUGGACAAGAGCAACUUCGGGUUCUGGUCCGGACUUUACUCCGAGACCGAGGGAACGCUCAUCCUGCUGUUUGGAGGCAUCCCAUUCCUCUGGAAGAUCUCGGGAAGCCUGACCGGUCACUUCGGCCUCGGCCCGGAGUACGAGAUCUCCCAGUCGUUGGUUUUCCUGAUGCUGGCAACGCUGUUCAGUGCCAUCAUGGGACUGCCGUGGAGUCUCUACAGCACGUUCGUCAUCGAGGAGAAGCAUGGCUUUAACCAGCAGACGUUAGGCUUCUUCCUGAAAGAUGCUCUGAAGAAGUUUGCGGUGACUCAGUGCAUUCUGCUGCCCGUCACCUCUCUGCUCCUCUACAUCAUAAAGAUCGGCGGAGAUUAUUUCUUCAUCUACGCUUGGCUCUUCACACUCGUCGUCUCUCUGGUUCUGGUCACCAUCUACGCCGACUACAUCGCCCCGCUGUUUGAUAAGUUCACCCCGCUGCCAGAAGGAGAACUGAAGACCGACAUCGAAAGCAUGGCCAAGUCCAUCGACUUCCCGCUCACCAAGAUCUAUGUCGUAGAAGGCUCUAAAAGAUCCUCGCACAGCAACGCUUACUUCUACGGUUUCUUCAAGAACAAGCGCAUUGUGCUGUUCGACACGCUGCUGGAAGAUUACUCGCCUCUGAACAAGAAAAACGACGGAGAGUCCGCCAGUGAACCGGACAAGAACGAGGAGACGGGAGACGAGACCAAGCUCCAACCUAAGCACAAGAAGCAAGGCUGCAGUAACCCAGAGGUUCUGGCGGUUCUCGGCCACGAAUUGGGACACUGGAAACUGGGCCACACGGUGAAGCACAUCAUUAUUAGCCAGGUGAAUUCGUUCCUCUGCUUUUUCCUGUUCGCCGUUCUGAUUGGACGGCAAGAGCUCUUCAUGGCCUUCGGCUUCCACGACAACCAGCCGACUCUCAUUGGGCUGCUGAUUAUCUUCCAGUUCAUCUUUUCCCCCUACAACGAGCUCCUGACGUUCUGCCUGACUGUGCUGAGUCGCAGGUUCGAGUUCCAGGCAGACGCGUUCGCACGAGCCAUGGGCCGAUCGACUGAGCUCUGCUCGGCUCUCAUCAAGCUAAACAAAGACAACCUGGGCUUUCCCGUGGCCGAUUGGCUCUUCUCAAUGUGGCACUAUUCCCACCCUCCACUGCUGGAGCGACUCAGGGCCAUCAAGGACACGAAGAAGCAAGACUGACAGUUCCACCAGGGGGCGCCACAUUCACCAUCCGCCCCUCACAGGAAGGGCCUCAGGUGGUCACUUGUGGCUGUCUGAAGAAAGGAAAAAAUUCUCUCUCUCUUAAUAUUUGUCUUGUAUUCCCUUAAUUUUGAGGGUUUGUUUCACAAAUUUUGUACCUGUUUUAAUUACUUGCCUUUAAUUGGACUUGUUUACAUCCAAACAUUCAUUAUAUUUUCCUUGAUUUUGUCCAGGAGAGAGACAGCAUGAGGUAAAACACCUCAUUUAACCUUGUCAGCAAUGAGGAACACCACCUUACAAUAAUGCCUGGCCUGGUUCUUGUAAAAAAUUAUUUCACUAGAGUAAUCUGGGUCAUUUGCUUUUUUUCUUUUAGAAACCAAAUGAUCUUGACCAUAUGUGUAAAUUCCAGUGUUGAUUUUUUUUUCUUUUUUUUUUCUUUUAAAUUCAGGGCAACUUAAAAAAAAAAAAACUACAUUUAAGAACUGUUGACAGUAGUAGUAGUAGAAAUCUGUUGAAUUUUUUUUUUACAGUUUAGUUUCUUUUUAUUUUGAGUGCCUCUAGUGUAUGGCUGACUGUGCAGGAGUGUAUGUGACGGGGGGGGCGAUGACCUUAUCCAAUCCCUUUUUUUUUUUUUUUUUUUCCUCCUUCAUGUCUUCAUUAGAUGAAACCCAAAGCGUUAACUUUACAGGGACGCCUCGUUGCUUGUCCUCAACCAGCCAUAGUUUCUAAAUGUAUUUCGGUGUCACGUCACAGACACCGCCUUGAGAAAAGGCUUUCAUUGCAGUGGAUUAAGGUUUGCAUGCUAGAAUUAAGAAUCCACUCCUUCCCCACGUAAAGAACAGAACGUGUCGGGAUAAAGAAAUCAGAAAGGAUUAGAAGAGUGGGACGAAGCCAUAAUCGAGGAUUAAGCACAGGAUUAAGAUAACAAUUGAUUUGCGCAUCUCAGGAGUUCCGUAUAUACUCUAUAUAGUGCACUAUGUAUUGUGUUUUCCCUAUGUCAAAGCGAUUUCAGAUUUGGCCACCCUGUAAGCAAAGCUCGCUUUGGAAAUCAUCGUUUGCCGUGUUUGAUGUGAUGUUUGUGAACGUACAGUCUCAUGAAUAAAAAAAUCUUCACUCAGCAAA